UGUAGACACUAGGGAAGGUGCCAAUGGAGUGAACUUAUUAUUUCUUUCAUAGUUUCUACUUUUUCUUCCAUUUUGUAUGCUACUGUAUUCAUGGGAGAGAGGAAUAAGAAGAGAAUUGAGUAAACUUAAAGCCAGGAAAAGUUUUUCAUUUGAAUUGCUAAUUCAUAGAUUCUCUCCCUCUUUGCUAACAAUUCAGGGCGGUGGCCAAAAUGGCUCGAAUUCAGGUGAACAGAAGAGGCUUGGCAAUAAUGGCAUGGAUAGUCUUUCUGGUUCUUGUCGUGAUGAGCAAUGUGGGGAUUGCAGAGAGAUUAUUGAAAGACAAAAGGAAUCAAGAAGUUUCCAAAGAGCUAGAAAAAACACAAGGAUUUCUUGUUAGAGUUGUCAACUUCCUCUGGCAAGGUGGGAAGUCUUCCUAUGAACCUGUCUGGCCGGAGAUAGAGUUUGGUUGGAAAAUAGUUGUAGGAACAAUUGUUGGAUUCCUUGGUGCAGCGUUGGGUAGCGUUGGAGGGGUUGGAGGUGGUGGAAUUUUUGUUCCAAUGCUCGCUCUCAUAAUAGGUUUCGACCCCAAAUCUUCCACUGCCAUUUCCAAGUGUAUGAUCAUGGGUGCAGCUGGAUCAACAGUAUAUUAUAACCUGAGACUUAGGCACCCAACACUGGAAAUGCCCCUCAUAGAUUAUGACUUGGCAUUGCUCUUCCAGCCCAUGCUUAUGCUUGGAAUCAGCAUUGGAGUUGCCCUAAAUGUCAUGUUUGCUGAUUGGAUGGUCACAGUUCUGCUUAUCAUCCUCUUCAUUGGUACAUCAACUAAAGCCGUAUUCAAAGGUAUAGAUACAUGGAAGAAAGAGACACUGAUGCAAAAGGAAGCAGCCAAGUCGGAAGCAGAGGAGUCCAAACCAGCUGAUGGAGGAGCACAAGACUAUAAACCGCUACCUAGUGGCCCAGGAGUCCUGCCAGAUGAUGAAGUACCUCUACUACAAAACAUAUACGGGAAAGAGUUAUCGUUGCUUGUGUAUGUAUGGAUUGGUUUUCUCAUUGUUCAGAUUAUUAAGGAAUAUCUUCCAACUUGCUCAAUCAUGUAUUGGAUAGUGAACUCCUUGCAGAUACCCAUUGCUGCCUCCGUGACACUUUUUGAAGCCACAUGCCUGUAUAAAGGAACCAGGGUGAUUGCAUCCAAAGGAAAGGAAGUCACAAAUUGGAAGAUAUAUCAGAUUCUUCUUUACUGCUCCUGUGGCAUUAUAGCUGGUAUGGUUGGUGGGCUGCUAGGACUGGGAGGUGGCUUCAUCUUGGGUCCUCUAUUCCUUGAAAUAGGAAUUCCUCCUCAGGUAGCUAGUGCCACAUCAACAUUUGCUAUGACAUUUUCGUCCUCGAUGUCAGUUGUGCAAUAUUAUCUUCUCAAUCGUUUCCCAGUCCCAUAUGCUGCUUAUUUUGUUCUAGUAGCAACAAUUGCUGCCUUCACCGGCCAACAUGUAGUCAGAAAGAUUAUUGCCGUCGUGGGAAGAGCAUCGAUAAUCAUCUUCAUACUAGCUUUGACAAUCUUUAUCAGCGCAAUCAGUUUAGGUGGAGUUGGCAUUGCUGAUAUGGUCGAAAAGCUGGCAAAUGAAGAGUAUAUGGGAUUUGAAAACCUUUGCAAGCUGUCUUGAGUCCCUUUUUUUGCCCUAUUACAGGUGGAAUUUCUCAGCAGAGAGCAACUGCUUCCACACUGCAUUGAACUUUCAGUACUUCACACUCAACUAUUUUAUCAAUUAUUUUCACUAUAAGAUUUGUGUUUAUAUAUAUAUGUUGGUGGACGUUGAUUUCUUGUCUCGUGUACGCACAAACUUCUCCUGCUGAGCCUGCCAGAAAUUGUGUUUACCACAUUUUAUUUGACAAUUAUGUAAGAAAACCUUUUGGCUAAAUAACAUAAGAUGUGCGGGCUUUAAAUACUAUAUUUAUAAUGCACUGGCUUUUGGUUUCA